ACGGGAGCGGGGCAAGCGCGAGGACGCGCACUAGCUCAUGCUGACUUUUUAAACCGUAUGUCGCCUUUCGUCGCUUUUCAGCUGACUAUAACAUUUACCGACUUUUACAACUUGUUCACUGGGAAGUUUUUAGGUGGCCCCUCAGCGCAUCGCUGGUAUUUCUUAGGCUGAAACAGCCGAGUUGAAUUAGCCGCGCUUUGCUAACCAAGUUACCUCAGAGGAUGAAGUGCGUCAUCGAAGGCAGUAACGUGAAAGUAUUUGGAAAGGCGAUUCAUGCGCUGUCACGAAUAAGCGAUGAAAUGUGGCUCGACCCUUUGGACACAGGGCUGGCAGUGCGCUCUGUCGGUCCGGCGCAGUCCUCCUACGGCUGCUUCCUCUUCUCACGGCUCUUUUUCCAGCUGUACAGUUUAAACACCAGUUCGCCGCAGGCAGCACUGGGAAGAUGCAAGCUGCCAGUUAAGUCUGUUUUGCCAUUAUUCCGCUGCCCAGCUUCCAUCGAGCGCAGUGUGGACAGCUGUAAAAUAUCCACUAGCCUUUUAGACACCCAAGUCACUUUCCAACUUCUUUGCAAGCAUGGCAUCACAAAAACCUACAACCUGGGCUUCCAGGAACAUGAUGUGCUCCAGGCUGUGUUUCCUGCUCACCUCUGUCCUAAUGUCCUGAAGGCCCAGCCCAGUCUCCUAGGUGAUAUGGUGAUCCACUUUCCACCAUCUCAAGAGGAAGUGACCCUUUCAGUGUGUCCAAAAAGGGUCACCAUGAGGAAUUACUGUGAAGAAAGGGAUCAGAUGAAGGUCAUGAGCACAGAGAUGUCCCUUCACCCUGAGGAAUUUGACUACUUCCAUGUAGGAGUCAACUCGGACAUAACAUUCUGUCUGAAGGAGCUGAGGGGCCUGCUGUCUUUUGCAGAAUCACAUGGCCUGCCUGUUUAUGUCCACUUUGGACAUCCUGGACAGCCGGUGCGCUUCAGUGUGGAAAACAUGGUGCUGGAGGCCAGUGUUGUGCUGGCCACCCAGACUGACUCUGAGAGCGAAGUUCCUGUGAAGCCUGGGGGCUCCGAGGAUCCAGCUGCCCCGAGCCAUCCUCAGGAUGCCCCCCCCACUGCGCCCCCAGAGGAGCAUGUCCCUUCCAGCCAGGGAAGCCCCGUGCUGAGCAGGCCACGAACCCUGGCGUACAUUGGCCUGCAUGUAGCAACAGACAGUGGGGCCCAUGCAGCAGACCCUGAGCCUGCAGACCCAGCCACGUUCAGGCUCCACUCCCUGCUCUUUGGCGCCGUGUCCAGCCCGUGGCCCAACGAGGGCGCUGAGCUGCACACCAGCCUGGCGUGUGCCAGUGACACAGAGGAAGACAACAUGGAGGAGAGGAGCUCAGCCACGCCUAUGCCAAUUUACUAACCAGUACAGCUAGCAGCUUGCUUGAGUCAAAGAUAUACAUACUGUUACUGACCCAGCAACUCUGUCAUCGUUAGUGUUAUUUGCUGAUUUUAUGUCUCAGGUCAGUUCCUCUUUGCAGGAAGGAGUUAAAGUACUUUGCAGAGUUAAUCAAUCUAGCUCAAUUGAUCAUCUGGUUUCUGUGUAUAAAUAACAUAUGCUCUGAAACUGCUAAGCAACAAUAUUAACAGUAGUGUUUGUAUUGUAUAAUUGUGUUUAAUAGACUUGGUUAGCACUUCUCAGAACUUUUGCACAAUAUGUAACAUUUCUCUGUGUGUUUAGAGCAGGUUUAAAAGAUAUUGCCAGUGGUCAGAACAUUCAGCACCGUAGUAGCGAUUCCAGUAGAGCUGUGGAAAACCCCCUCCACAGCAUCCACAUAGCUGGGCUUGUUGAUGGGAGGUGUGGAGACCUGUAUGCAUACAGAUGUAAACAUGCAGUUUAACAAAGUCUCAGGCCAUGGUAGAUUAUUGGCAUACUGCCUAAACAUUGAGUGUGGCUUGGGGUUGACUUGUCUACGCAGGAGUAGAUGGAACGCAGGACACUGGCAUGGCCUCCCUCUCCAGGAAGAGCACUAACACUGAGGGCCAUGUGAGGGUCACCGAGCAGAAAGGAGGCGGCCCAAAUAAACACCGUAUGAGUUUCCAUUCACAGAAGAUUCGCACAAGAUGUGCUCACUAACACACAGAGAGAGGUAGUAUAGGUGAGCAAAUUAGGCCAUAUAUAUGUGUGCAGUGGAUCUCAGUAACUCAGCUGUUUGGUAUAAAUACCAGAACAUUUAUUUGAAUACAUUACAGCUUUGAAAAAAUAUUUACAGAAGCAUUUUCUCUUUGACCUUUUCAUUGUACUGUACAUACAAAUAUAUGCAGCUCCUGUGCUUACAGAAAGAUGUCCUCCUUCAAAAGUUAAGGCAGCUGGCCGCUAUAGUGAUACAGCAUUGUGUGUGUGUGUGUGUGUGUGUGUGUGUGUGUGUGUGUGUGUGGGGGGGGGGGGGGG